CCUCAAGUCAAGUUGUGUUCAAACAAUUCUAUCUUGAGCAUGGACGCUGAUGCAACGCUUCUUGACAAUCAAGAGAUUAUCAUUGAAGAGACUUUCAAGGGUCCAAGAAUAUGAAAUAUGAGGAUGAUCGUCUUGCUCUGCUGAAAAUGAUCCUCGAUGAAGAAGAGAAAUAUCUCGAGUCAUUAAGAAUUCUUGUUGAUGUCUAUGGUAAAAAUUUAAGGAAUGGUCUAAACCAUCUUGAUCACGGGAUAAUCUUUGAAAGGGUAAAACCUAUUCAAGAGGCAACGUCAUCUCUAGUCGUCAAGUUGAAAGAUCUUUAUGAAAACUGGAUACCCUCUCUAUGCAUUGCCACAGCUUUCGACGAGUUGCCUGCUCUACUGUGGAGAUACGAUGAUUAUUUCGCGGGUCUAACAAUGUCAAAAAGAAUCCUGAGGCAAAAAUAUAAAUACGACAGCGAUUUUUUAACUAUGGUAAACGAAGUAAAGUUAACGGCUAAACAUUCCCUUGGUCUUCUCAUUUUACUUCCUGCACGACGUCUUUCUAUGUACCACAUAUUUAUAAUGGCACUUCUCGACAGCACUCCGGAUGAUCACGACGAUCACCGACGGCUCAAAGUACUUAAGGAAAAACUUCAACAAAUCCUGAGUAAUAGAAAAGAGGAAAUUGAGAAAGUCGAGAACGAGUUUAGAUUAAUCGAAGUCCAAGAUCGCUUUCCUUACGAUGAUCUGGGUUUAGAUGAAGGAUUAUCCAAUAUUCAGAGGUUAAAAACUUUACUAAAUUCUCGAAGAAAAUCUGCUCCUGCGGCUGCCCUCAAAGCUGCCUUUGGAAAAGUGAAUAAAAGUGUUCCUUCCAUUGAUGUAUCCCUCGCGAUCCACUCGGAACGUACUCAAGAGACGUCUCAACGUAAAUACAUUUUAAUAAAUGAAGGAAUGGUCCAGCUGACAGCGGGAACCCUCUCUCAUGAUCGUUAUUUGUUUUUGUUCAAUGAUUUUCUCCUUGUCGCCAAAUGCAAAUCAACAUCUCAUUUCAAGUUGAAAGAUCGUGUUAAACUUUGUGAAAUGUGGAUCGCAGAUUGCGUCGAUGAUGUUGCAGACAACGUGAAAUCCCGCGAUAAAUCUUUUGUUAUUGGUUGGCCCAUAGAAAACGUUGUUGCAACUUUCAGUUCGAUGGAGGAGAAGACCAAAUGGAAAGAAGAUUUGGCGAGCAAUAUUGCGUUACAAAAGGCGUCACUGGACUUCCAAACGACGUUAAUAAAAAUCCAUUACAAAGACAACGACACCGCUCAAACAGUUAGCAAAUCCAUAUCAGUUGGAAAGACUGACGACGCCAACAAGGUUGUGCAAAUGAGUAUGGAUCUGUUUAAUAUCUUGAACAAAGAGAAUGCGUGUGACUAUCAAUUGUGGGUGAUGAAUAAAGAUGGUUCCUAUCCUCUGAUCGGGCACGAGUUUCCGUUUGCGAUUCAAAUGAGUCAGUAUCGUGAGGUGUCAAUCGUUGAUGAUGACAAUUAUGUACCGUCUUCACCAGACUCCCCACCCGUUCACAACACGCCAUCCAUAGAAAUCACACCUGAAAACCAACUGCAGUUUAUUUUGCAGAAAGGUCGUAAAGUGCAUCAAAAAGUCAGCCUUAAUCGUCUAGUUCAACUGGGGAAAAAGAAAAAAGGAAGCAAGAGAUGGAGAAAAUUUUCAUCGACACAAGAUGAGACCUCAUCUACUGGAAAAGUGUUUGGUAAACCUCUGGAUCAACUGAGCAGCGAGGAACAACCAAUCCCAAAAACCAUAAACGAUCUUCUCGUACGUUUGUUCCGCUUUGGGCCAUCGACAAUUGGAGUUUUUCGAAAGACGGCAAAUCAACGCGAAGUUAAAGAAUUACGAGAAGAAAUGGACGAAGGAAAAGAAAUUUCGUUUGACGAUACCAGUAUUCACGUCUUGGCUGCCUUAUUGAAGGAUUUUCUUCGUAAUAUACCUAAUGCCUUGUAUUGUUCUGAGCAUUACGAGGAAUUGCUUUCCACGAAUGAUGUAACAGAGGAAUCCGCCAGAAUCGACAAAAUAAUAAGUCUCGUGAAGAAGCUACCAACACCGAACUUCGAAUUGACGAAAAGGUUCUUUUGUGUUUUGUAUCAUAUUUCUCGUAACUGUGAACAAAAUAACAUGACCCCUUUCAAUCUUGGCGUCUGUGUGGCCCAGAGUAUCCUUAAACCAGCGAACUCCACGAGGAUAGAGUACGCUGAACAAGCCAAGAGCAGUGCGCCUCAACUUGUGGAAUUUAUUAUUGAUAACUUUCCGGUAAUUUUCGGUGAAGCCGCCAUGACAAUUUUGGGAGAUGUUUCUGAGAUUAUUGUUGACACUGCUGAUUCACUCGGUAAUGGAGAUACUAAAGUUUCGGAAAUUUCAGGUGGAUCCAAAUCAUUACGUCAUAGUGAUUCAAGUUUAUAUAAAAGUGUUAUUACGGAGGAACAAAAAAAUUCUGAUUGGAUGUUAUUGACUGUGAAGGAUAACAGUGGUAAUUUAAGUAAAAGUAACCCGAAUUCCCCAGUAUUACAACGUAAACCAAACAAUGCUGUUGACUCUAAAGAUACUUCCAAGAAAAUUCAUUCGGCAUUUUAUCAUCCAAAAUUCUCACCGAGGUCUUUGCGACGGAGUUUGAGGAAAGUGACGAGGUCUAAUUCUAAAAAUCAUCGGGAUUUAGAACUCUCUGGAAAGGAUUCACUAAGACGUGAAAAAGCUGUCAAACUCACGAAAAAAGCUUCAAAUACAGAAACAAUCGAGCAAAAUGCUUAUUCAAAGACAACUUUAUCAUCAAGCUCAAGAUUAUCCCCUACUGUACCUGAACCUGCUCAAAUAAGGCGUAGUUAUGCACCAAAACGUGACAGAGUAAUGCUGGCAUCCAGUCAGAGUAUUUAUAAUGCGCCUCCGAACUAUGCCGAACGUGUGCAUUCCAUUCAUGAUAGGCGCAGACAGCCUGCUGCUCCAUCAUACCAGGAACAUAUGCAACGGACCAGCAUCCGCAGGGGACAUAACGUUGGAACACCCAACGGUACCUUAAGGUCACAGCUGAGAAAUAACCACAAGGGAUAUGAAUCAGGAGAUGGUAGACAUGGUACAGCUACAAAAGUUGGACUUGAACUAAACUGUGAUUUUAAUUCUCAAGAUGGCUUCAGGUCUUCACAAGACCUUUCACCGGAUCCUUUGGGGCCGUCGUCUAACGCUUCUGGUGGAAUGCGGCUCAUUCCAAAGAAGAGCACCGGAAGUGAGACCUCUAUGUCGUCACUGUCAAGCUGUGACGACAGUAUUGAUGUGGUUGACACCAACAAACUUCAACUGACGAGACUUCGCCAUAUACGGAACUUCCGGGACAUUCCUGGCUACACGAGUCUUUUAAGUCCUUCUGACCAGAUAACGAAGACCGAUGAUGCUUGGGGUCACGUGUCUCAGGACGUAAAUGUAGAAAUAAGCGAUUAUCAACGGAUGAAGAUGGCAGAAGAAACGUACGUUUAGUUGUUUUAAUACUAGUAUAUACAUGCCAACAUAACAAGGAACAAUUUUUUAUUUAAGAAAAACAUAUUUAAACGCACACAACACAACACGCUGACAUACUUAAUAAAACAAAGAAAGGAUUACA